CUGCAGAAUUAGGGUUUCUGUUCAGUUGGAGCUUUGAAACUCUGAGGCAGUAGCCGUCUAAUUUCUCGAACGUCGUCGGGGAGAUUUCGAUCAUGGCGGACAGAGGUGGAUUCGGACGUGGUUUCGGUGGCCGGGGAGGACGUGGAGACAGAGGAGGUCGGGGACGCGGCCGGCGUCCACGCCGCGAGACUGAGGAGGAGAAGUGGGUGCCGGUGACGAAGCUCGGCAGGCUAGUGAGGGACAGUAAAAUUAGAUCCGUCGAGCAAAUCUAUCUACACUCCCUUCCAAUCAAGGAAUAUCAGAUCAUUGAUGCUCUGAUUGGACCUUCUCUGAAGGACGAGGUGAUGAAGAUCAUGCCCGUGCAGAAGCAGACUAGGGCUGGUCAGAGGACCAGAUUCAAGGCGUUUGUGGUGGUCGGAGAUGGAAACGGCCACGUCGGACUUGGUGUAAAGUGCUCCAAAGAAGUGGCGACCGCCAUUCGCGGCGCUAUAAUAUUGGCCAAGCUGUCGGUGAUUCCGGUGAGGAGAGGUUAUUGGGGAAACAAAAUUGGGAAGCCGCAUACAGUGCCGUGUAAGGUCACCGGUAAAUGUGGUUCCGUCACUGUGCGGAUGGUUCCUGCUCCCCGUGGUGCUGGUAUCGUGGCGGCGCGCGUGCCGAAGAAGGUGCUCCAGUUCGCCGGAAUUGAGGAUGUCUUCACAUCCUCCCGUGGAUCCACCAAAACUCUUGGAAACUUCGUGAAGGCAACUUUCGACUGCCUAAUGAAGACUUACGGGUUCCUGACUCCGGACUUCUGGAAGGAGACUAGAUUCGUGAAAUCUCCAUUCCAAGAGUACACUGAUCUGCUGGCUAAGCCGACUUCCAAGGUCAUCCACGUCGUGGAUGAACCAGAGGCCUAAGUUUCUUUGGAUUUUCUAGUACAAAUUUUGAGGUUGGUUAGAUUGCAAGGAGACUGUCGAAUGCAUUUUCAUACCAAGCUGUUACCUUUUGGUUUGCACUCUGCUACUGCUGCUUCUAAAUGCUUAUUUCUAUUCUGUCUUUGAUGCUAUGAAUUUUGAAUGCCUUUGAUCCUC